ACACUACUAUAUAACAAAUAAUUUGAGUAGCAGCAUGUCUGUUGAGCAAAUAGCUCCCCUCAUAUCUCAGGCCCUCUCGGCUAAUAAAAGUGAACAAGAUGCAGCCCAGGAGCAACUCAAUGUCUUCAAACCGCAUCCAGACUAUGCCACCAGCCUUCUGUCAAUUCUACUCCGACAGGACGCCCCUCUAUCAGUGCGUCAGAUGGCAGGUGUACUACUCAAACAGUUUGCAGACAGUUCCUGGCAGGACUGUCCACACACAGCUACAAAAGAGGUCGUCAAGAAUAACAUUCUCCCAGGUCUGGGUGACAGCCUUAGUAAAAUCAGGAGCUCUGUGGCAGCUGUAGUAUCAGAGAUAGCUUGUGUAGAUUUCCCGGACAACUGGACGGGUCUGUUUGACCAGCUGCUGAGUAUGAUGGGAACUGGGGACCCUAACCAAGUGCAUGGAGUUAUGAAGGUUCUCUCUGAGCUGGCUAGUGACAUUACUGACAGUCAGGUCUACACAGUGGCCCCAGUCCUCUUCCCCCGGCUUAUCCAACUCUUCCAAACGGAGACGUUCGGGCCAGCUACACGUGCCCGCGUCCUCUCCAUAUUCGGAGUGUUUACCACUCUAAUCAGCCACAUGGACACAGUGGACCACGCUGCUAAUGAGAACCUACUGUUCCCCAUACUGCCAGGUCUGGUGGACACCACUAUAUCCCUGAUAGGAGCUACUGUUUCUGUCAGACAGGAUUACAAACUACAGACUGAGUGUGUUAACUUCCUAUCUAAACUCGUACAAACUUUCCCUAAACAGAUGGGAGAUAAGGUAUCGAGUGCUCUCCCAGUGCUGUGGACCCUUCUCACCAAGAAUGCAGAGAAUCACAUCACUACAGUUGUUAACAACCCUGACUAUGUAGAGGACGAUGUGGAUAGUGACGGAUCUGAGAUGGGGUUCGGGAGUCUGGUACAGGCCAUAUUCGAGUUUAUACAGGCUUUAACGGAACGUAAGAAAUACAAGGCUAUGAUAAGGAAAGUGUUACCUGACGUUCUUUUCUAUCUCAUCACCUACCUGUCUAUACCUGAAUACCAGAUGGAGUUGUGGAAUGAAGACCCAGAGAAGUACGUGGAGGAUGAUGACGAGGAUAGCAUGAACUACACAGUACGAACAGGAGCUAUGGAGCUGCUCAUGGAUCUGGCUACUGAACUGAAGACGUCCUACGUAGAAGCGCUCAUGAACGCCAUCACGCGGCACAUCUCCUCCUGCGGGAAUAUCGCGGAGGGGUAUAACUGGAAGUUAUAUGAAGCGUGUGCAACAGCUAUGAACAUCAGUGGAGACGUGGUGGAGGAGUGUUUGGAAGCUAAGAAGGUGGAUUUCAACUUUGGAGCUUUCUACAACACGGUUGUGUUGCCCGGACUAAAUGUAGAUAAGCCUUAUCUACGAGGGAGACUAAUAUGGAUGACAGGGAGCUACAUUAAGCGCCUCCCCUCGGAAGAGUCUCUAAACACGCUGCUAGAACACACCUGCACUGCUCUCAAACCAGGCACUCCUGCUGCAGUUAUGAUAGGUGCUAUGAAGGGGGUCUACGCUAUGUGUGCUGAGCUCACUGAGCCAGAAGAGAAACUGGUAUUGCACAAGUCAAUGGAGCUUAUAAUCCCCUCUCUGUUUGACCUGGCAGGUAAUAUGGAGGGAGACCUCCUCAUGCUCUGUCUAGACGCCCUCAGAGUCAGUGUGGGCUUCAGACCUGAUAUUGUAGCUGUAGAGGCAGACAAAGUCAACACGUUCCUGGUCGAGCUGUUCGUUAAACACGCUAGUGACACUUUCGUCGUCAGUCAGGUUAAUGACGUGCUGAUAACUCUAGCUGAAAUACCGGAAUGCAGAGGGUCUAUACAGAACAAUGUAGUACCCGUCCUGCUCCAGAUUCUAAGAUCCCCCACUGCUACUUCUCCUAAGAAGCAGAGCGAGGAGGAUGAGGAGGACAUGAGAACUGAGGUCCUGGAUCUCCUCACUACCUUCAUCAGGAAAACUCCUCCUCCUCUACCUGAUGUGUAUAUUAAGGAAGUGUUCCCGGCCGCGAUGGCUCUUACAAUAGGGUGUGUGAAGGACAGUACAGCUAUCCUGCAGAGUGGCGGGGAGUGUGUGCGGGCGUGUCUCGCGCUGGGAUUCCAGCAAGUCACCGCUCUAACUAUUAAUGGUAUAACUGGUAUGGAGUACACUAUGCAGCUCAUUGCUAAGAUGUUAGACCCGGAAAUGAGCGAGUAUGGGGCUCUUUACUCCGGUAGAUUGGUAUCCAGUCUUAUUAAACACGCUGGAGCAGCUCUCAACAUCAACCAGAUCCUGCAAGCUGUUCUUAACAAACUCACUAAAUGUGAGUCACCUACAAUCCAGCAGAGCCUGUUAGUAGUAUUUAUUAAGCUCUUUAACCACGAUCUAGAAGGUUCCAUGUCCUUCCUUCAGUCCAUCAACACACCAUCUGGAGAAAACGGUCUCGUCUUCGUUCUAAAAUCAUGGUGUGAGAUCCAGGAGAUGUUUACAGGGGAGUAUGAAACUAAGGUAGCAGUAAUAGCCCUCACUAAGUUCCUGCCCCACCUCCUGGCCCAGGAUUCACCCCUCACUCACAUAAUGGUAUCUGAUGAGGAGAUAUCGCUAGAAGGGGGGAGGAUUACACGUUCCACUAAAGCUCAACAGGGUCCCACUAUGAUACCUAUCACUGUCAAGAUAUUCAAGAUACUCGUACAGGAGUUCGGUAACGUGCUGGAGGAAUUAGAAGCAGAGAGGAACGGAGACAUUAGUGACGAGGAGGAUGAUGAGGAGGAGGAGGAUGUGGAAACUCAGUUCGUUUCUAUCGCUCAACUUGCUCAUAUGUUGGGAGAUGACGAUGAUGAGGACGAAGACACUAAAGACGACCCACUGAACGAAGUAGAUCUACACAGUCAUCUCCAACAGUUCCUAACUCAGCUGUCCACUCAUAACACCUACAAUCAGCUCUGUCUGGCGCUAACUGAGAAUGAGCGUACGGUGCUGAGCUCUCUGCAAGUGUCCGCGGAGCAAAAUAACUCAAAUAUGCGGUUUGGCUGAGGAAGGUUAAUAUGGUGUUACCAUGGUAAUACUACCAUAUAUGGUGUGUGGUAAUACUACCAUAUAUGGUGUGACCUGAGCUUUUUUAUGAAUCUUUGGAGUCUUUUAAAACGUUGAUGAAUUUAUAACAACUUUUAAAUAACUUAUUUUGAAAAGUGUUGAUAUGUAGUUUGAAUUGGAUAGAA